AUACAGGCGUAUAGGUAUCUUUCCUAUCCUCAAACCAAAGCACCAACCUCCACGUUUAUAUUCGUCAGAGUCACUCGUACUGUUUGUUCAGUCCCUCUCUAUCAUCUAACGGUGUGCGCGGGGUAUCACCUGCACGCGCCGCACGAAUUUUUAUCAUCGAGUUUGCACGACGUCGACGAGAGCUUUGGCGUCAGUUUGUUUCGCGAUUUCGUCUCGAUCUUAUCGAUUUUCCUGACAAUACCUAUGAUAAUGCAAGAUUUAUUACCUGGUAUAUUGCUGCUUUUUGCGCUUUUUAUAAUACACUCAUCGACUUCCUCAUCCCCGAGUUACAUCGGCGCAGUUGUGGAGUAUCGUCCGGUGACGGAAGGCGAGGAUGGUCGAAAGGUGGCCGAACUGAAUGCCGCACACGUUAAGAGGAUCGUCAAAAAAGCUUCCGAAUACAAUGUAGAUAUUAUAGUGUUCCCUGAAAUCGGUUUGACCAGUCUUCCGGAGAAUCGAAGCUGGACUAUUGACAAAAUCAGAGCCCACCAUCGUUUCGCCGCCUCGUACAUACCGGAACCAGAAGAAAACGUCGUUCUUUGUCAUUCGAGCGAUCGGUACUCCAAGUCCCUAAAAAGCGUCUCCUGCACAGCCAAAGAGCAGAGAAUCUACGUCGUAGUGAACCACCACGAGAGGGUCGAUUGCGACCCCGAUUCAGCCGACUGCGCUUCCGACGACGCUUUCCUACUCUACAACACCAACGUCGUCUUCGAUCGCGAAGGUCGUCUGAUCGCUCGUUACCGCAAGUACAACCUGUUCAGCGAACCGGGCGUCAACAUAACGAAGCGACCGGAAAUUUCGAUCUUCCACACGGACUUUGGGGUGAAGUUCGGUCAGAUCAUCUGCAACGAUAUUCUCUAUGUUAACCCAGCGCGACAACUGCUACACCAGUACAACGUUACGGACGUCGUUUAUUCGGCCGAGUGGUUCUCCGAACUUCCGUUUCUCACGUCUGUGCAGACGCACUCGGCCUGGGCUUUCGACAACGAUGUCAACCUGCUCAGUUCUGGGUUCAACGAGCCGGCUAUUACCAAUGGGGGCAGUGGAAUCUACUUGGGAAAGGAUGGCAUAGUCAAGUCCACAAUCCCAAACGAGUCUGCGAACUUACUCGUCGUGGCAGAAAUUCCGAAGAUCGUUAACGGCCGUCGACAGCGGCUUGUUAACCCGGCUCCUCCGAAAGUUUACAGGUUUUCUCAAGCCGAAGUUCCCACGACGUGGGAUACCACGGAACAUUUCAUGUACAAGGACGACUUUAGCGUUUACACCACGGAAAUCGUCGAUCCGAAACUCGGAUCAUACAGCAAAAAGCUCUGCAAUCGUGGACUUUGUUGUGACUUUGAGCUUGAGAUGGAUUUCGAUAAAAACGUCGCUCGAGGAACUGGAGUGGAUUAUUAUAGAUACAGAAUAGGCGUUUUCAACGGCACGAGACUGUUCGCCGGUCUGUUCACGGUUGGAAUCGAAGUGUGCGGCUUAUUCUUCUGUAGCGACGACACCCUCGCAAGCUGUGGUAGUCGGUUUACCGGCAACAGUCGCAUCGUUCAACCGACGACUUUCCGUUCAGUCGCCAUCGAAAGAGAGAUCGACCAGAAUAAGCAAAAAUUUUAUCUGCCCAUGACAUUGACGCCGAGCUUGGUAUCGAUACGUGCUUCCAAAAUUUCGUUCGAAACUUCUCCUAGUAGUAGAGAUGAAACGUCGAAAAAUUUGAAAAUGAAACUGAAGAAGCCCGAAACGAAUCUUAUGACCUUUGCCAUCUACGGCAGAGAUUUGGCGAAGGAUGGAUCCGAAUUGACCCGAUCUUCUGAAUAAUGGAAUAAUGUUAUAUUGAUUAUCUACUUAUUGAAAGACUUACACAUUAAAUACAAGAUUAUAGAUAAUAAAUUUACCUUAUGAAACUAGCAAUA